ACCUUUUUUAUUACACGGUAUUAAAAAUUUUAAGGUAUGAGAUUAUCUUAUUAAUUAAUAAUAAUUAUUAAUUACAGCUUUACAUGUUACCUUUUUCAUUACACACCAAGGAAUACAUGGAAAGUUCUUUCAAACUUAAUUUUUACAUAUUUUAAGGUAUCCCAAAAUAUAUUUUUAUAAAUAAUAUCACUAGCAAUUUUUUAUACCCGACAAAAUUUGUGAAUCGUAUAUUCCUUCCACUUAAAUACUGGUAAAAAAUUGUCCCAGUAAACUUUUGCCUUCCUUCCAAAGACCUACUGGUAAACCGCCUCGCCUCCCAAAUAUAUCCCCCGUCUUGGCACUCCGUCUCCGCCCGCUCCACUCUUUCUUUUUUGUUGUUCAUGGUGUUCCUAGAAAUGAGCAGCUGGCGGAGUUUGCUCUUGCGGAUCGGCGAAAAGUGUACCGAGUAUGCCGGGAACCUCGACUCUAAAGAUCAAAUUGAGACUUGUUAUGGUUCGGUUCGCCGGGAAUUAGAGCAUUCUGAAAAAGAUAUUCUGCUGUUUCUUCUCCAGUGCACCGAGCAAUUGCCUCACAAGAUCCCACUCUAUGGUACUCUGGUUGGUUUGCUGAAUUUGGAGAAUGAGGCAUUUGUCAAAAAAUUGGUAGAGACUACUCAAAGCAGCUUGCAGGAUGCUUUGGAUUCUGGAAAUUGCAAUUUGAUCCGAAUAUUGUUGAGGUUUCUGACCGUGUUGAUGUGCAGCAAAGUAAUUCAAUCUAGUUCUUUAGUGGUUGUUUUUGAAACAUUAUUGUCAUCAGCAGCAACUACAGUGGAUGAGGAGAAAGGAAAUCCGUCUUGGCAAGCAUGUGCUGACUUUUACAUAAUGUGUGUUUUAUCAUGUCUUCCAUGGGGUGGAGCUGAGCUUGUAGAGCAAGUUCCUGAUGAGAUUGAAAGAGUAAUGGUUGGCAUUGAAGCUUACUUAAGUAUUCGCAGACGUGUUUCAAACUCAGGUUUUUCCGUCUUUGAGGUCAUUGAUGAUGUUGGCAGUGGUCAAAAUGAAAAGGAUUUCUUAGAGGACCUGUGGGAUAGAGUUCAAGACCUUUCCAAUAAAGAAUGGAAAGUUGAUAGCGUUCCCAGACCACAUCAUUCUUUUGAGGCACAGCUUGUUGCUGGGAAGUCCCAUGAUUUUGGUCCUAUAAGCUGUCCUGAACAACCUGGGACACUCUAUGCGACUUCUCCCGGUAGACAAAGGCAUGAAGCUAAUUUGAUGUAUCCACAGAGGAUUCGGAGACUCAAUAUAUUUCCUGCAAGCAAGUUUGAGGAUAUUCAGCCAAUAGAUCGUUUUGUUGUUGAAGAAUAUUUGUUGGAUGUGCUCUUAUUCCUGAAUGGCUGUCGAAAGGAGUGUACUUCGUACAUGGUUGGACUACCCGUUCCUUUCCGAUAUGAAUACCUUAUGGCAGAGACUAUUUUUUCUCAGCUGCUUCUGUUACCUAAUCCUCCAUUCAAACCAAUUUACUACACAUUGGUCAUCAUUGAUUUAUGCAAGGCUCUUCCAGGGGCGUUUCCUGCUGUGGUUGCAGGAGCUGUACGUUCUCUUUUCGACAAAAUAGCAGAUUUAGAUAUGGAUUGCAGAACACGUCUCCUCUUAUGGUUCUCACAUCAUUUAUCAAACUUCCAGUUUAUAUGGCCAUGGGAGGAAUGGGCUUAUGUGUUAGAUCUCCCAAAAUGGGCUCCACAACGUGUUUUUGUUCAAGAGGUUUUGGAAAGGGAAGUCCGUCUAUCGUAUUGGGACAAAAUUAAACAGAGUAUAGAGAAUGCACCUGCUCUAGAGGAAUUGCUUCCACCCAAAGGAGGGCCAAAUUUUAAAUACAGUGUCGAUGAUGGUACUAAUCACGAAGGACAUGCACUCUCUGUAGAGCUCCGUGGUAUGGUUAAAGGAAGGAAAACUGCCCGUGAAAUUAUAUCUUGGAUGGAUGAGGAUGUAUUUCCAGUCCACAGUUUGGAGACUACUUGCACAGUAGUUAUUCAAACCCUUCUCGACAUUGGUUCAAAAAGCUUUACUCAUCUGAUCACUGUCUUGGAGAGAUAUGGCCAAGUUAUUGCUAAAAUCUGCACUGACGAAGACAAACAAUUUAUGUUGAUAGCUGAACUGUGUUCUUUCUGGAAGAGUAAUGGUCAGAUGACAGCAAUUGCCAUUGAUCGAUUGAUGGGUUACCGGCUUAUCUCUAACUUGGCCAUUGUGAGAUGGGUUUUCUCCAUGGAGAAUGUGGAUCAGUUUCAUACUUCUGACCGCCCCUGGGAGAUUCUAAGAAAUACAGUUAGUAAGACAUACAACCGAAUUUGCGAUUUAAGGAAUGAAAUUUCCACACUCAAGAAAACUCUCAUGCUGGCUGAAGAUGCUGCUUCAAUAUCCCAAUUAGAGUUGGAUGCAUCUGAGUCUAAGCUCACUCUCUUGGAUGGUGUACCUGUUGUUGGUGAAAACCCAGCUAAAAUGAGACGUCUUAAAGCAAAUGCUGAAAAAGCAAGAGAGGAGGAGGUAUCUGCUCGCGAGUCUCUAGAAGCAAAAGAAGCUCUUCUAGCCAGGGCAGUUGAUGAAAAUGAGGCAUUGUUCCUUUGCUUGUACAGAAACUUCUCAUCUGUCUUGGCAGUACCACUUCAUGAUGUAUUUGUAGAUGGAACCUUGCGAUCUUCUGGUCAGGCUCAAGGGAUGAAUAUAGAUCUUGAAGAUUCUUCUGCAAUGGAGGUGGAUGAGGAUAAUGAAAGACAAAAGAAGAGGAUUGCCUACAAUCUUGGUGAAAAAGAGCAAUGGUGUUUGUCAACUCUGGGUUAUCUCAAGGCAUUUACUAGGCAAUACUCUACUGAGAUAUGGCCACUUGUGGAGAAGCUGGAUGCUGUAGUACUGACCAAAGAUGCUCACCCUCUGUUCCGGAAAGCCAUUUAUUCUGGUCUGGGAAGACCUAUGAAUGAAUGACCUUUAACUUUGUUGCAGUUUUGUUUGUUAUUCCUCUGGACAUUCUUUAGGUAAUUUUAUUGUAGCUGCGAAAAGACCGGGAAAAUGCGUUGUACAAUUUCUGAUUCAGUUUAGUCUGCCUGUAUAAGUUGGUUUAACUAUUGUCAUUCAUUGAAGUGAGGAAUUAUAACAUAAUGUAGGAAGUCACUUUUGGCAGUUGCCAACUUGCCAUUGUAGUAGUAGUAGAAGUAGUUGUACUCUCACGAGUUUGCUUCUGUUUUAUUUAUUAAAAUUCUGGCAUUCUG